AUGCCUCGUGUUUUUUCGUCAAAAACAGAACAAGAUCCACAUCUUUCUUCUGGGGUUAAAGACCAUCCAGAUAUCCAUGUGAAUCGCAACAUACCCACCCCACCGGGCAACGAUGACGGCCGCAUUGCUACUGAAGACGAAGUGCGCGAUCUUUUUCAUGUCAUUGACAAAAUUUUCUCGAACGAUUUGUCUGGUAUGGGACAACUGCUCCUCUACGUGCGUGAGAAUUACCUGCAGAAUGCAUCUGGGGGAGCGGUGCCGGGGGCACUGGGCUUGCAGCAGGCUGCUGCUUCGAACAUUGUUAAUGCGCUGAUUAUUGGUUCGUACAUCGUGCCCGUGCCUGCUGCUGUUGUUGCCGAUAGCUGGCUUGGUCGCUACAAAUCUAUGAUAUACUCUGCUAUCAUUGAGGCCAUCGGGGCAACUAUUCUUUUUGUGACGUCCCUGCCCAUUGCCAUUGAAAAUGGUGCGGCGUUGCCCGGGGUCAUAACUGCCUGUGUACUGCUGGCCGUUGGAUUGGGGGCCUUCAAAACGACUGUUGUGCCAUUCAUUGCCGACCAAUACGACGAAGUAGAGUUUCAAAUCAAGAUUGGAAAGAAAGGAGAGCCGGUUGUCACUAGCCGGGAAUUGACUAUUACCUAUAUCUACAACGUUUUCUACUGGGCUAUUAACGUUGUGGGUUUCGUUGCCGACGCCACGCCCUUGUUGGAACGGUAUGUUGGGUUCUGGCUCGCAUACCUGAUUCCAUGCUGUGCCAUGUGGCUAGCCCUUAUUCCGAUACUCUUCGGUCGCCAAUACUUUAUCCGCGAGUCGCCAGCAAGCAACAUCAUGCCCCAGGUGUGCGCUGCUUUACGGAGUGGUAUCAUCGGUGGCUUCAAAAUGGAUGCUGCAAAGCCAGACGCCCAAUUCCAGCAACAUGGUCGCCAGGUCCCUUGGACAGACUCGUUUGUAGAAGAUAUUAAGAGAAGUCUUCUGACCUGCCGAGUAUUGCUCCUAUUCCCUAUCCACUGGCUCUGCUAUAACCAGACAUUCAACAACUUGAUAUCCCAAGCUGGCCCGAUGAUUACGUACGGUAUCCCAAACGACAUGAUGAAGAUUGCCGGAGCCGUUUCAGGGAUCAUUGUUGCGCCUAUGAUCCAGAAAGGACUCUACCCUUAUCUCGCAAAGAGACGAAUCUCAUUUGGACCGAUCGCAAGGAUGAUAGUCGGAUUCAUCUUUCUAACCUUUUCCAUGGUUGACACAACGGCGGUUCAGCAGCUCAUUUACCAGACCGGGCCAUGCUACGAUGCACCACUUGCAUGUGCUGCUGCCAAUGAUCGUGCUAUUCCUAAUCAGAUCUCGGUCUUUCUCCAGGUCCCGACUUACUUCGGGGGAGCAUUGGCCGAGGUGUUUUGUCUCACCACGGGAACCGAGUAUGCUUAUAACAAUGCGCCCAAGAGUAUGAAGACUCUGGUCCACACUAUCUGGCUUGCUAUGGCGGGUAUUGGAACUUGUCUUGCUCUGGCUUUCACUCCGCUCACUGAGGAUCCUCAUCUGGUUACAAUGUAUGCCAUUCUGACUGGACUUUUGGGUGGAGCGACGAUUUUGCUGUGGGUUCUUUUCCGGCGCUUGGAUAAGGUGGAGAUCAAGGUGGAUGUUGGGUGA